AUGGCACCAGCAUUUGUUGCAGGAAGCUGUAAAUCUGAAAUAGUCUUAUUUCAAAUCGAUAUUCCUGAUUCUUAUUAUCAUAAUGUUGUUGAUACAUUAAAUUUUACUUGCCCAUUUUUUAAAUUAGAAAAUGUCAGUCAGUUUGAAACUGAAAGCGAAGUUAUUUUUUCGAUGGGAGCAUUAUUUCGAAUUGAAUCUAUUGAACAGUAUAUGAAAGAAGAAUUAGAAAAUGGAAAAUACGAUUGGCAGAAUAGAUGCAGUGUCGAAAACCGAAUUCUAUUACUAACAGAAAACUUUCCACAAUCGUCCAGAAAUAUUUUAAAUGUUUACAUAAAAUAUGGUGUUUUUGCUGAAGCAAAUAGCAGGACAACUACGGAAACUUUAACUACAUAUCAGAAAGAUACUCAAAUUACUGAUGAAAUUGCUGAACCUAUUUUAGCUAUGCAGUUCGGAGAAGCAGCUCUUCAUAUAGCCGAAACUUAUUUACAUUUUGAUCGUGAUGAUUCGCUUAUUUGUUACAAUUAUCUUGCCGUAAUUCAUCGACUAGAAGAUCAGUACACAGAAGCACUGUCAAUUUAUGAAAUAAUGCUACUAAUUGCAAGUGAACAAAAUAAUACUUCGGCUUUACUCGGUAUUUAG